UCGACGAUGAAUCAACAACAACAACAACAACAAUCAUCAUUAUCAUCAAAACUGAAUUCAAAUGUGAUAUUACCUAAUAAUCAAACAACAACAACAAUGAGAAAUUUUUCAGAAACCAAAGAGCCUUCCAUUUCAUGGCUAUCUUCAUCAUCCAAAUUAUCAACCAUUUCGACAGCAAUAGCCCCGAAACAUAUUUCAAAUGAAAAUAUUUUCAAUAAUAAUCAAAGUGAUUUUUAUCAGAUGCCUUUCAAUGAUCAACAACAACAAGAGAAAAUCAAAUCAUCAUCAUCGACAACAUUGAAUAAAUUAUGGAAUGAUGACAGGAUACAAUCCAAUUGGAACAACCAUCAAAACAUUAUCAUUGAUAAUGAUGAUUAUAAUGAUGUUGAACAACAACAAAUAUCAAAUUAUUCAUCAAAAAUAAAUUAUCAUUUCAAUACUUCAAUCAUCAACGACUGUGAUUAA